AUGUUACGUUGCAGUCGAACGCUUAGCCCUCGAAUAUUCACUCGUAUUCCUGUGUCAAGGUACUCUUCACUGGCCGAUUUCCCGAUUAACGUUAAUGAUUUAGAUGCAUCUACAAGAGAUAAUGCGCCAACCAGUUUUGGUUCUGUUGUUGAUGACUCUCAGAAAGAUAACGCAAUAGUUAUAGAGAGAGAUCAUUUGCUUUCGGAUAAGGUUAAAGGAGAUUACAGAGAUCAAAAUGGGAAUCAUUUACAAGGUGAAAAUGCAGAGGAGGCAAGACUUCUACCCAAAACUCUUGAAGGACGGGUAUUGAGAGAUCAGAUCCAAUUGCCGUCUGUGAUGAGUCAAGCAAUCCAGAACAACAUAAUGUCUCUACAUAUACCUGGUAAUCUAAGAAGAGCCGCAUCCAAAUAUUUCGUGGAGUUAUACGAAAGCUCCCUUCAUCGACCUACAUCAUCGAACAUCGAAGUGGAUUCUCAUAUCGCAUCAAUCUUUGUGCAGAAUUAUGCUGCCAUAUAUCAAUCUUUAUCAGAACUUAAGAAAAGGGUAGGGGAGAGUUUCAAUCCUCAAAGAGUAUUAGAUGUUGGUUAUGGGCCAGCCACUGGUAUUGUUGCUUUGAACGAUUUAAUGGGAAAAGAGUACAGACCCAGAGUGAAAGAAGCCACUAUCAUAGGUCAUAUUGAGAUGCAAAAGAGGGCAAAAAUAAUUUUGAGUAGACAAUUGAAUGAAAUUCCAGACGACAUGUUAUACGGGGAAGAAGAGCCCACUGAGAAUGUCGAAACGAAAGAAGAAGAAGCUGACAAUAUCGAAGGAGAUGACGAGAUGUUGGGAGAAGUAGCUACGAAGAGUAUUCAUAUUAACACGAGGUUGCGUAAAGAUGUUCCUGGUUCCAACGAAUACGAUUUGAUCAUCCUAACUCAUCAGCUCUUAAGACACCAGGAAAGAUUCCCAGCCCAAAUCGAUGACAACUUGGAUCAUUAUUUGAAGCUUCUUUCCCCGAACGGACAUCUAGUUAUAGUAGAAAGGGGCAAUCCAAUGGGUUUUGAGAUUAUUGCAAGGGCAAGACAGUUCAUGAUCAGACCUGAAAAAUAUCCUGAAGAACACGGGAAGAUUCCAAGACCCUGGAAUAGAGGUAAUAAGAUGAUGGGCAGAACCAGUUAUCGUUCAGUGCCUGUUGAGAACGAAGAGCCCACACUUGAAUCCUUAAACAUAAAUGAUGACGAAUAUAAACAGUUAAUGGAAAACUUGGAUGCCAAAUAUGGAGAAAUAAACAAACAAGAUUUAGAAUUCGAACCAGAACUUCUUGAAGCCAUUGAAAAGGAAGAUUCCAAAAGAGGAACAUCUAGUGAUGAAGAAAGUUAUUUCAUCAAGAUCGUUGCACCUUGUUCACACCAUAGAAAAUGUCCAUUACAGAUAGGGAAACCUCAUUAUUACGAUUUAGAUGAAGGUUCGAAAUUGAAUUUCUGUAAUUUCCAAAAGACUGUACUAAGGCCAAGAUUUACUAUUGAAUUAAAGAAGGGCAAAGUGCUUGCUGCACCAUGGCAAACUCCAACUGAUGGUAUCGGUAUCAAGGGGAAAUCUGCACCAGGCUCAGGUAGAAGAAAUGGUAAGAGUUUUGAGAUUAUAAACUAUUCAUAUUUGAUUGCCCAAAGAUCUUCAAAAGAUCGAGCCACGACUGAAGCAAUAAAUCGUGAAAGAGAAGAAAAUAAGAUUAAGUACGAUAUUGGCUCAUUGGGAGAUGAAACUGCCAAUACGUGGCCUAGAAUCGUUAAACAACCUACUAAGAGAAAAGGACAUGUGAUUCUCGAUCUCUGCGCACCAUCUGGUAAAUUUGAGAAGUGGAUUGUCCCAAAAUCCUUAGACAAACAGAUAUAUCACGAUGCUAGAAAGACUCAAAAGGGAGAUUUGUGGACAUUAGAUGCAAAGACGAAACUAGCAGGCGGAGGUGCCUUAAAUGUAAAUAAAUUUGAGAAACUGCAUAAGGAAAAGAUCAAGAAGAUGAAGAGAGCUGUGAAAUCAAAAUCACGUGAAUUGAAAGACAUGGCAAAUCAAUUAGACAAUGAAAGAGAACAUAUGGAUCCCGAAUCAGCUGUUGAUACGUUAGCUAAAUUCCAUGAGCACAAUUUCCAGUUAUCGAAUGCAAAGAAGGAGAAGAAAUAUGCCAACCGGAAAUUGGCAGUGGAUGAGUAUUAA